CUUAACUCUUAUGUAGGGUUUAGUGUCUUUCGCUUCCUAGCAGAGCAGAAGCCGUAACUAACAGCUUCUUUCCACUCCAAAUCACCAAACAAAGAAAAUCCACCGAUCAACAAGAACCGACCUCUCUCUCUCUCUCUCUAGAGAAUCACUAUUGUUUAAUCAUCGAUUAGAUUUUUAUAAUUUCUAUUAUUAAUUUUUAGCGGCAGCAUGGAAGAUAUAUUGAUAAGUAGUAGUGAAACGGAGAUGAGAAUCGAAUCGGGUGUGGACAUUGAAAACGGAUACAAGGUCGAUUGUACUUUGAAACGAAGUGCAAAGUUUCAGCUGGCGACUAAACAUUACAGUGGUUUCAAGAACAGCACUGCUGAUUUUAAGAUUGAGACUUUAAAUCCUGAUAAUAAUUCGAGAAAGAGACCCUUCGGGUUUGACCAUCACCAUCCGGGUCAUUCCGGGAAGAGAGUUGACGGGUCCGAUUUUGUCGAAAAUGGGCUUGAUCCGGAGCUUUGUUUUGGGAUCACUUUCAGGAGAAUUGGUGCUGGCCUUGAAAAUCUUGGGAACACUUGUUUUCUCAAUUCGGUGGUGCAAUGUCUGACAUACACUGAGCCUUUAGCAGCAUAUUUGCAAAGUGGAAAGCAUCAAAAUUCAUGUCAUGUUGCUGGAUUUUGUGCCUUGUGUGCCAUCCAAAAACAUGUGAGCCGUGCUCUACAAUCAAGUGGGAGGUCACUAGUGCCCAAGGAUCUUGUCUCAAAUUUGCGCUGCAUAUCUCGGAACUUCCGAAAUGCAAGACAGGAGGAUGCGCAUGAAUAUAUGGUUAAUUUGCUGGAAUCAAUGCAUAAAUGCUGCUUACCUUCAGGAGUGCCAAGCGAAUCCCCUGCUGCUUAUGAGACAAGUUUGGUACACAAAAUCUUUGGUGGUAGCCUUUGUAGUCAGGUGGAAUGCCAACAAUGUUCUUACUGCUCCAACAAAUUUGAUCCAUUUUUAGAUUUAAGCCUUGAAAUAGCCAAAGCAGAUACCUUGCCAGCUUUACUUCGGAAUUUCACUGCUGCAGAGAUGUUAGAUGGAGGAGAGAAGCAUUAUCAAUGCCAGCGAUGCAAGCAGAAAGUUAGGGCUAAGAAAUGGCUUACAGUUCACAAGGCACCGCAUGUGCUUACAAUACAUCUAAAACGGUUUCAUGCACAUGAUCCUGGACGGAAGGUUGACAGGAAAGUUAUAUUUGAUCGUUCAUUGGACAUGAAACCAUUUGUCAGUGGUUCCUAUGAGGGGGAUUUAAAGUACAGUCUAUAUGGUGUUCUGGUACAUUAUGGUCACAAUACCCACUCUGGUCAUUAUGUCUGUUUUGUUCGGACAUCAAGUGGUAUUUGGCACCUCCUCAAUGACAAUCAGGUUCGUCAAGUUAGUGAGAAGGCUGUUUUAGAGCAGAAGGCUUAUAUGCUGUUCUACGUUCGUGAUAGAAAAACUAUUGUUCCAAGAAAACCUGUUGAUGUUGUUCAUAAAGAAAGUAUGAAAGCAACCUUCGGCAAUAACUUUGCUGAUCUGGUCGCCAAGCAAUUCUCGAACGAAUGUGUGGGUGGUGGUUUGAUUGGGAAUAGAUUGGAGGCUACUGACUCUCCUGCUGCUAUGAAUAAAAAAGAUGCAUCAAGUGUUGUUACUUCAUCAGAGAUCCAUCCAAAAGACACAUCAUUUCAGCAAAGCAGUAGGCAAACAUUGCUGAAAGUGGAUUCUUCUUUAGAAACUUCAAGUGCACCAUUGUCAACAGACCCAUCAAAAUUGGCAAAUUCACACCUUGGAGAAUGCUUGCCACCUUCAACUGCAUCUCUGAACAGCAAUAAUGUUGGUCCUAAACUUGAAAAUGCUUCUGUUAUUACUGAGGCCAAAACCAGUGACUGUAAGGAGCCAUUUAGCAGCAGCAGUGGCCCCCAAAGUUCUGCUAUUGACAAACUUGUCACAAGGGAGACCUCACAAAAGAUUAAUGGUGACCAAAAUGUGGGGGUUUCAAGCCAAGCUCCAUAUGAGGAUUCUUGUGGUAAGACAGUGGGUGAGGUUCCAAGAUUGGCUCCUUCCGAGGGAUCUACUGACAAGGCAUUUGAUAAAUCAAACACUGUGAAAUCACCUAAUAAGCCAGGCUGUGAAAGUGAUCAGGGUGGGGAUAUCCCCAUUGAGAGUGCUGCUUGGAAAACACCUAGUGAUAAGGCUGGUGAAGGUGGGCAAUAUAUUGUACAUCAGUUGGUUGAGGGUUUAAUCCCAACAGCAUUUGUCCCAUCUGUCAUUCAAAAUGAAUGUUUGCAGAGCAAAGCUCCUGAUUGCUUACCUAAAAAGAAAUUAAAGAACAAGCGUAGGAUGCAUCUUGGCACAAACUUAUUCAAGGUGUCCUUGGGCCUUCAAAAGAGGAAAAAGCACAAAAAGAGCAAUUGCCACACUUCGAAGACCAGUAAUCUGAUUAAAGAAAACUUGCAGGAGCAGCCGGAGAAUGAUGUUUUUUCAUCAGAAUUGGGGCCAUCUACAUCCAAAAUCUCAUCUACAGUUUUAUUGGCGUCAAUGAAUUCUCGGAGGAAGAUGGCUAAAUCUGGUUCAAGAAAGGGAGAUAAUGUAAGAAACUGCCGUGAUAUGGGUGUGGUAGAUGUAGAAUCUGUGGAGAGAAUUAGUCCAAGCAGUGCAGUGCUUGCAAUGGAUGAGCAGAGACGAAAGAUCUCUAUCUCAAUCUCUGAAGUAAACCAAGGAGAUCCAAGAGAACCUGACUGCUCAGAAAAUAGCAAAAGAUAUGCAUCACAGAACAGGAUGAUGGGGGUAAUUACUGGGGGUGUGAAGGAGACUGUUUCACCUUGGGAUGGAAUAGCAAUGCCACCUCAGAUUGUGGAAUCCAAUGGGGUAGAAAAUCUCAGCACUGGUUAUGUAGCAGAUGAGUGGGACGAAGAAUAUGACCGAGGUAAGAGAAAGAAGCCAAGGCAAUCUAUGCACAACUUUGACGGGCCAAACCUUUUGCAAGCAUUCGCGACGAAGAAAACCCAAGUUAAGAAGGCCAAGAUAGACCGAUCUAGGUCUGGAAACCAGCCCUUCAGGAUAUGAAGCUACAUGACUUUCGCUUGUGGGAUCAUGAUUUGUCGACAUGCUGUUACAUUCUAUGUAGCAAUUGUUGCUGUGUUUGGCCUGAAUUGCCUUAGCGGCCUAACGUCAAAUCUAUGAUGUUUACCAAUUUUGUUCUCUUUCCUACUUUUUGAUGUUUACUGAGGGAGUGACUUUAGUUAUCCACAAAACCUUGGAUGACUGAUCUGAAAAAAGCUGAAAAAUGUGUUAGAAUCGUUCUGUUAAUAAGAGAACAUUGUUUGUGGCGUAUAAA